AUGUGUGCGUGUUUGUGUGUGUGUUGCCCAGACUGGACGCCCACCCUGUGGUCAGAGUGUUUUGAGGAGAUGUUGGAUGAGGAGCUGGACAGCAGUGACCAGUGGGCCUUCCACUUCAACUACGGCCUGACAGAAACACUCACCAAGGAGGAGAGGAGGAGAAGAUGGCGGGUGUACAGCCACUGUGCCUACGGACAGUACGUUUUUCCCUUACUAUAAUUAUAUUUAUGCUUUUUAUGUAUAGGCCUGUGAUUUGCCCAUAGAGAAUGAUAGGGGCCUCUAGUGGCCAAAAGGCCAUAUUAGCAUGGGCAGCGCCUUAGAGGGCUUCCAUAAUUUUAAUGUAGUCAACUGGGUAGGACUUCCAACUUCAUUGGCUGAUCCCUCCUGGUGACCCUGUUAUAGAUCGCUACACGUGCAUUAAUUUUAAGCCCGAUUCCUACCCAUGCCUGUGACAUUCAGGCCCUGCUCUACCCAGGCCCGAUUGCUUUUGCCAAAUUUAAAGCCUGGCCCUGCCCAAAACCCGAAAUCAGAGAUAACUUCCUCCAUUAGUAAAUCCAUUAGCUGUUCCUCUCUGUCUGUCACUCGCUGCCUGCACGCAGGCAGCUCGCUCUGCAUGCACUCUGCUCAUGGUGGCUCUGGUGCGUUUGUAAAUUCACUCUGGCUAUCUACUCCGAUUUCAGAGUACUCUGGUCUGAGUGUACCAGAGCGCAGAAUAACUGAUGAAUUUACGAAGCACAACACCCAUUGAAUAUGACCGGUGUCAUUAAACAUCGGCAAAAAAACAUAAUUAAAUUGUUGCCAGCAGCACAGUUACAGUCACUAACGCUAUAGAAAACAUGAAAACAGCUUAACCAGCUCUGCUAGGGUGAGUAAAAUGGCCAGUGUGAGUGUUCUCUCAUUUGUGUCUGGAAGUAGCUAGCAAGCGAGUGCGAAAUUUUGCCAGUUAGCUUAGGGGCUUGACUGCGGUUGUGAGGUCAGAACGCUCGGAUCAACCCUACUCCUCAUCCAGAGCGUCCAAUGUGCGCUCUGAACGCUCUGAGAGCGAAAGUUCCAAAUUUACUGACAGACAAUCUGACAACCCUCUGAAUUUACAAACGACCCAGAGUGCACUCUGGCACUCUGGAGUCAUAGCAACGGCUCCGCUUAGGCUGCUCUGCUCAAUGACGAGAGGAGAGAGCAGUGAGCUGUUAGCUACUUUUCGUCACUCUAAAAUCCAACAAAAAUCAAGGAACAUUAUUAUUUUCUGUGAAAUGAUCUCUCAUGUGUUAUAUUUGACGAGGUUGAAGCACUUCUGACACCAUCUUUGUCAUAUAUGACUAUACUACGCAGCAGAGCACGAGCAAAUGGCUCAGCUUCAAAAUGUUAAUGAACAAUUUAGUGAUACCCGAGCCCUACCCAUACCCUAGUUAUUGAUGAAAAAACAGGCCCUACACGGCCCUAACCUGAUGUAUAAUGUCGGGGCCCGUCCGGCUCGGGUCGGGAAGCAGAGCUCUACCCUGUUGGAGUCAUGUCCAACUGGGUCAUCAGGAGGGAUCAAUCAAUUAAUCGAAUCAAAUGUAUUUGUAAAGCCCUUUUUACAUUAGCAGAUGUCACAAAGUGCUUAUACAGAAACCUAGCCAAUCGUGAAGAAAAUGUACUACCUUAAAAUGGAGAUAGCCUCAAUGGCGCUAUAAUGGCACAGGUACAAAGAUGAGUCCUCUAUCAAUCUCUAUGGAUUUGCCCCGAUAUGGCUCCACAAAGAGCUCAGCAGCUCACAGAUUUAGAAGAUUGGCACUGCAGCGCCACCAUGUGGAAACAGAUCACUUGUCUUCAACUCCUUCUGUUGACUUGGACAUGAUGGAACUCCAUGCCAGUAAAAUAACAUUUAGAUGGAAACUCGGAUAGCUGUCGUUGUAAUGCUCACCCCCCCCCCCCCCCCCCCCCUCUCUCUCUCCCCCUUUAACUCUCUUCCUCAGGUUCCAGUGUGGUGAGUGUUCUAAGACAUGGCCGUCGGCACGGGUGAUAGUAAUGUUCCAUUAUCGGCUGCGGGAUGAGACAGGCCGGGGGACCGUGCUGAUGCGGCCUUUCGGCCAGGCAUGCAGACGCUGCCAGGCAGAGUUUGAACUUCCAGGCUUUUCCAAGAAUGAGGUAGAAGAGGCACUGCUCCGGCUGUUUGGAAAGAUUAGGAAGAACUGCUAUGGAGAGGAGGACAAGGAGGAGGAGGAAGAGGAGGAGGAGGAAGAGUCAGAGGGAUCAGAGAAGGUGUGGAAGAGGCCCCAUGAGAAAGCCCUGUGUGAAGCCUGCCGACUGGGCAUCUGCUGUCAAGAAGAGUAG